AUGGAAAACAAGGCGCUGGAGCCCGAUAAUGUGAGCAUCCCCAUGGAGGAGACUGCAGUGUGUAAUGGAGGGAGUCAGACUCAGCUGCAGCAGGAGUCAUCAAUGUUGGCUGUUCUGAACAAGGUGGACAACCAGAUCACGGAUGGGCAUCAUUUCUCCCAUCUACCCAAACGCACGGCUGUGGACAUUGAGUUCAUUGAUGUCUCCUACACCAUCCAAGAGGGACCGUGUUGGAGGAGAACAGGUUUUAAAGCUUUGUUAAAGUCCCUCUCUGGAAAGUUCUGCAGUAGAGAGCUGAUAGGAAUCAUGGGCCCUUCUGGAGCCGGGAAAUCCACGUUAAUGAACAUUUUGGCUGGAUACAGGGAAACAGGGAUGAAGGGUCAGAUCCUGGUAAAUGGGAAACCCAGGGACCUGAGGACUUUCAGGAAAAUGUCCUGCUACAUCAUGCAGGAGGACAUACUGCUGCCACAUCUCACUCCCAGGGAGGCCAUGAUGGUUUCAGCCAACUUAAAGCUUGAUGAAACUUUGGAAGGUAAAAAAGAGCUGGUGAAUGAGAUACUGACUGCCUUGGGGCUCCUGGACUGCGCCCACACUCGUACCAGCGCCCUCUCUGGUGGUCAGUGCAAACGUCUGGCUAUUGCCUUAGAACUGGUCAACAACCCCCCAGUCAUGUUCUUCGAUGAGCCCACCAGUGGUUUAGACAGUGUGUCCUGCUACCAAGUGGUGUCCCUAAUGCGAUCUCUUGCACUGGGAGGACGUACUAUUAUCUGCACCAUUCACCAGCCGAGUGCCAAACUGUUUGAAAUGUUUGACAAGCUGUACAUCCUCAGCCAGGGUCAGUGCAUCUAUAAAGGAUCGGUUCCAUACCUCAUCCCCUACAUGAAGAUUUUAGGUCUCAACUGUCCGACCUAUCACAACCCUGCUGACUUCAUCAUUGAGGUGGCGUCAGGAGAGUACGGGGACCUGAACCCUGUGCUCUUUGAGGCUGUUCAGGGUGGAAUGUGGGCCCUUGAACAUAAGAAGAACCUCUGUGAAACCAAUGGGACGCUGAUUGUUGCAGCAAACAGCUCCAUGAAUACUGGACACAUAGAGAGCCAUACUUUUGCCACAAGCACGCUCACACAGUUCUGCAUCCUCUUUAAGAGAACCUUGAUAACUAUAUGUCGAGAUCAGGUUUUGACCCACCUUAGACUGAUCUCCCACAUCACCAUCGGCAUAAUAAUAGGUUUGCUCUAUUUGAACAUUGGCAAUGAUGCCAGCAAAGUGUUUAACAACACUGGAUUCCUCUUCUUCUCUAUGCUGUUCCUCAUGUUUGGAGCUCUCAUGCCGACUGUGCUGACCUUUCCUCUGGAGAUGUCCGUUUUCCUGCGGGAACAUCUGAACUACUGGUACAGCCUUAAGGCUUACUACCUGGCUAAAACCAUGGCUGAUAUUCCCUUCCAGGUAAUCUGCCCCAUCAUGUACUGCAGCAUUGUGUACUGGAUGACAGAGCAGCCUCCAGAGGCCACCCGCUACCUGCUCUUCAUAGCCCUGUCCAUCUGUACUGCCCUAGUGGCCCAGUCUUUAGGCCUGCUGGUUGGUGCUGCUUCCACAUCUCUUCAGGUAGCUACAUUCAUUGGACCGGUCACAGCAAUCCCAGUUCUGCUUUUCUCUGGUUUCUUUGUGAACUUCGACACCAUCCCUAAUUAUCUGCAAUGGAGCUCCUAUGUGUCGUACGUCAGGUACAGCUUUGAAGGUGUGCUGCUCUCUAUCUAUGGGAUGAACCGCUCAGAGCUGCAGUGUCCUGGGAAGGUGUGUAAAUUCCAACAGCCUGAGGAGGUCCUGCAGUUAUUAGAUGUGGAAGACGCAAAGCUCUACAUUGAUUUCAUUGUCUUGGGUAUCUUCUUCAUCAUCCUUCGACUGACGACUUACCUCGUACUGCGCUAUAAGGUCAAGUCUGAGAGAUAGCAUAUCCUGUCUUUUUCAUUGGACGUCUUCUUGUGCACAGAUUAUGGGAUGUCAUAUCGUUUGAUUACUUCAUGUUCUCUGAUUGCUGCUUAAUGAACAGAACACAAAUUCUGGUCUCAAGUCAAACAAUAACUGCGGUCAAGGUGCUUAGAGGCCAUCAAAUAAAUCACCAGCUUUACCUCAUGGAAACUGAUGGAUCCACAAAGGCACUUGGCAUCCAGACUGAGUCAUCUUCACACGCAUCGCCUUCUGGCAAAGGUUCUUAAAUAGGACAGAGAUGUUUUCUUAAAGUGAAAUAAGGUGUAAAUAUUCACACAAAGUGAAAACAUCCUCAUCAUGAUGCCUACCAACAUCUGAACACACUUAGAAGUAGGGCUGUCGCGGUUGAGGAAUUCCCCCUGCACCAUUAUUGCACGAGGGAGUUGUGCAGUUAAAUUUAAGAUGAAGGGUGCUGACAAGUCCUUCUUUUUUUGUUGUUGAAAAGAUAGCUGGAAUACUUUUUUACUUAUUUAUCUACCACAGUCAGUCACUGCAGUGAACUGCACUUCCCAUCUUCCAGUGAAAGUGACUUGAGUUGACAGAGUAAUUUCCAUCAAUCCCACUGGAUUUUUACUUCCGCAGGUUUGGGAUUAGUUGUUUGUAUACAGGAAGGCACAAUGCAAAUUUUAAUUGUUGCUUAUUGGUUGGAUUAAUCUCACCACUUGAGGCCCUAAAGCUAUAUUUAAGCUAUCAAAUAUCACCAGAAAGCAGUUUUCCAUCUUCAAACUCACUUAUUAA